CCUGACCACAACACAUUUGAAAAUGAAGAGAGAAGACGUCGUUUACUUUGGCGCUGGGCCCGCCGCCCUGCCGACAGAGGUGCUCGCGAAGGCCGCCGAGGCCCUGCAGAACUAUGACGACACCGGACUGGGCGUGGCGGAGCAUAGCCAUCGCAGUUCGAUUGCGACGGACAUCCUCAACACCAUGAAGGCCGAUUUGGCCUCGUUCCUGGAUAUCCCCGAGACCCAUGAUGUCUUGAUCAUGCAAGGUGGUGGAUCUGGACAGUUCGAUGCGACGCUCUACAACUCGGUUGCCAUCUGGGUCGAGAACCAGCGCCAGAAGAUCCUGCAGAACGGGGAGAUCGCCGAGGAGGACCUCAUCCAGCAGCUGCGACAGAAGGUGCAGUCGGAGUUGCGCCUGGAUUACCUGGUGACGGGAUCGUGGUCGGCCAAGGGAAGUCAGGAGGCGGUGCGCCUGCUGGGUGCUGACAAUGUGAACGUUGCGACCGAUGCGCGGAAGAUCAACGACGGAAAGUUCGGCAAGAUCCCGGAGGAGUCGACCUGGAAGUUGAGCGAGAAGCCGGCGAUGGUGUAUCUGUGCGAGAACGAGACGGUGGACGGCGUAGAGUUUCCCCGGUUCCCCAAGGUGCUGGAAUCGAAGGCAGCGGAUGACCAGACCGUUGUGGUGGGUGACUUUUCCUCGACGAUUCUGUCGCGUCGCAUUCCCUUCGAGCACUUCUCGAUUGUGUUCUUCGGCGCUCAGAAGAACCUCGGUCUGCCCGGUAUCACGCCGGUGAUUAUCAAGAAGAGCCUCCUGUCGAUCCUGAGCCAGUCUAAGCCCGAUAUUCUUCGUCGGGUGGGACUCCCCGUUGCGCCUACGAUCCUGGACUAUGCGGUUACGGCCAAGAACAACAGUCUUUAUAACACACUCAGCAUCUUCGAUGUCUUCGUUGCCGGCCAGGUCCUGAAGAAGCUUCUUGCCACCUUCCCCGACAAGGUCCAAGGACAGGAGGCCGUGGCUGGAAAGAAGGCCAACCUCCUCUACGAGGCGCUUGAUGCGUACCCAGAUGUGUACAAGGUCGUUCCCGAAAAGAGUGUCCGCUCGAGAAUGAACCUUUGCUUCCGCGUUACCAAGGGCGGUAACGUCGACGAGGCCGAGAAGGCUUUCCUGAAGGGAGCCACGGAUCGAGGACUGCUGGGCCUCAAGGGCCACCGCAGCGUCGGAGGUAUCCGUGCCUCGAAUUACAACGCUAUCCCCGAAGCUGGCGUUGAAAAACUGGUUGCAUUUUUGAAGGAGUUUGCAACAACUGCAUAGGCGGCGUUAGAGCAUGAUUUAACAUAUGGUACAGGAAUGACUUCAACACUGG